CUUUCCAUUGGUCUACAGUCGGGGGUAAUGGCUUGCACCAGGACAUAGUUAUCAUCUUUUUUGCCACCACUAUGAGGAUUUUGAGUAGGUACAUUUUUUCUUUACAUAAAAAGUCGUAGGGAAGCACUCCAAGAACAAAGAUCAGCGGGUCAUUCUUUAUGUUAGUUUGUAAGAUGUUAGAAAGUUCUGCCCGGAUCCCCUCCCAGUACAUUUUCAGUUUAGGACAAUCCCAGAAAAUGUGUGUGUGAUCUCCAAUUUGCCCGCAGAUAUGUUUUAACAGUUGCUUCACUGUAAAUGAAUUGAACUAUAUGUUUUCUGUGCAGGUCAGGGGGCUGGAGAUCACGGAGGUCACGGUCAGUGUCACAGGGUCGGAGGAGGGCUACAUAUAGCCAGAGAGACCGUUGGAAACGAGAACCAAGUCACUCCCCUGUACUCAUCCUUCGCAAAAAUAGAUCCCCCACCCGGAAACACUGCAGUUUGAGCAACAGCCCUCAACGCAUCAGUGAACUGGAUAAGGACCAGUUGUUGGAAAUUGCCAAGGCCAAUGCUGCUGCCAUGUGUGCCAAAGCAGGUAUGCCCAUCCCUGCAAGCCUGAGGUCCACAGUCCUUCCCCUGGCUCUUCCAAGUAUGGCCAUGAAUGCUGCUAUGGCCAGUAUGACUGCUGCCACCAUGACAGCAGCUUUGUCUAACAUGGGCACUCUGUCUUCACUGCUCUCACUGCCUUCCAGUACCAACAAGCCACCUCCUGUUCUAGCUCAGCCCAACAUUUCUGCUUUGGAGGAAGUGAAGAGGAAAGUAGCAAAGCAGGCCAACAGUAUCAGCAUUAAAGAGUUUACUGAU